AGCUCUUGUGGUCAGCUGUGGAAAGCAACCCUCAUUGACACCAUGAACUUCUCCGGCAAGUACCAACUGCAGAACCAAGAGAACUUUGAGCCAUUCAUGAAGGCAAUCGGUCUGCCUGAGGAUCUCAUCCAGAAAGGGAAGGACAUCAAGGGGGUGUCAGAGAUCGUGCAGGAAGGGAAGAAAGUCAAACUCACCAUCACCUAUGGGCCCAAAGUGCUCCACAAUGAGUUCACCUUGGGGGAGGAGUGUGAACUGGAGACCAUGACUGGGGAAAAGGUCAAGACAGUCGUUAAGAUGGAAGGAGACAAUAAAAUGGUGACAACUUUCAAAGGCAUAAAGUCCGUGACUGAACUCAAUGGAGACACAAUCACCAAUACCAUGACACUGGGCGACCUUGUCUACAAGAGAGUCAGCAAGAGAAUUUAGACAAGGCUGUAUUUCAUAUUCUUUUGCAGUGUAAAAUUAAUACAAUAAAGUUACCUUUGUUUU